AUGUAAAAUUAAUCAAAUAAAGAUUUUCAAGAAACAGACGGAAAGAAGAAAUUGUUCAUGAAGUGGGCAUUAAAUACAAUGAGGAAGUAUUUUAAUGAUAAAAAUUUGCCAUAUCAUCUUUUGUCAACUUGUGUAUCCAUAAAACCAGGAACAGCUAAUAGAAGAGCUACUCUGUAGUCAUACCCCAACUAAGGAGUGUGGAAACAUUUAGGAAGUCUCCCUGAAAACGUGAGAGAAGAUUUGAAAACAUACUUAAUAGAAAGUGUGAAGAGUGUUGAUAAUAAAUUCUAACAGUUUAUUUUGAUAGAGUUUCAAAAUAGAGUUCAAAAAGAAUUCGAUUUCCUAAGUUUCUACAAAGAAUAAAAAAAUAGUCAACCCAUAUCAUUUCCAACUAGUAUUGAUAGUGAAACAAAUGAAACACCAUAAAUUCAAUCUGAGGAAAAGGAGAAAUAAGUAAAAUAAAAGAAGUGGUCCAAAGGAUAAGACUUUGUUAGUGAAUCAAAACAAAUUCUUAUCUAAAUGCAAAUUUGUAAUACUCAAGCCCCUAUAAUUCCUGUAAAUCAGCUCCAUUAUCAUAAAUUGAGAACACUACUAGAAAAAAUUAAAGAAUUAAAAUGCAAAAUGUCCGAUGAGAUGAAAUAAUUUUAAGUUGAACUUGAAAAAUUUUGCAAGCAAGACUUCUGCCCUACAGAGCCUGCUAUAAAGAAAAAGAUCAAAAAAAAUACUGAAAAUAAUGAAUAAAAUGAUAAUCAAGAAAAACAAUAAUAAAACUUCAGUAUUAAAAUAGAAAAUGAAGAAAAUGAUAUAUUAAGUAGCUUUAAGGAAAGAAUAAAAAGAAUAGAGCCUGGAAUUAUACUCUUUAUUCCAAAUUCAUCAUAAUAUGAAGAACCCACAAGAAGUUGUUUCUAAUAAUUUGAAGAUAAUUAUUACAAAGAGUUGUAUUAUAAAGAAAAAGCAGAAUAGAUGGAGUUAAACCCUAAAAAUAUCCUUUAACUAUGGAAAUAAAGCUAUCAAAUGGUUUAAUACAAAAUUAUCUAACAGAAAGUUGAAGCUUAAUCGGAUCGUAGUGAAUUCUCUUUUUGAUUCAUAUUAUUAAUAUUCUUCUGUCUUAAAU